UCAGAGCGGUCACAUGGUGAAACAGUAGAAGAAGAGUUUGGCGGUAGUUUGACCGUCAGUUAAUGCUAAUGCUAACUGCUAACAACACUUAGCUGCUCCGACUCUGCAGUUUCCUCACAAACCUGCAGUUUGACUGGUCUGUGACAGGACGGACGUGAUGGAGUCCACAGAGAGCAGAUUCGCUCACCUGCUGCAGCCGAUUAGAGAACUCACCAAGAACUGGGAUGUCGACGUGGCGUCGGAGCUGAACGACUAUUUAGAGGAGUUGGAUGAAAUGUGCAUCACGUUCGAUGGAGGAAAAUUUCGGCUGAACUUUGCAGAAGCUGCGCUGCUCAUCCAGGGCUCCACCUGCAUCUACAGCAAGAAGGUGGAGCUGCUGCACAGCCUCGUCUAUCAAACUCUGGAGUACAUCAACGACAGGAACAAGAAACGUAACAAACAGUCGGCCGAGACUCAGGAGGACGACGCAGCAGGGACUUGUCAUGACGACGAUGAAGAUGAGAAUGUGUUCACUCCUCUGGAAAUCAAAGUCCCAGAAACCCCACAGAAAACCAGCGUCAACAAGACGGUGAACGUGAUUCCUCUUCCUCCUCCAUCGCUGAUUCCUCCUGAAACUCACGAGAAAAACAGACUUCCUCUAAUCAGUCUGAAAGGUGAGGUGUUGUGCAGUCAGAAGGAUUUCAGGAUGAACUUGUACAUCCCAGGCGACGGGGACAUGAUCCUCCUCAGAUCCAGGUUUGAAGAUGAUCCACAUCCUGUCAAGUCUCUGCAUCUUCAUCCAGAUGCUAAUGCUCGACAGCUGGAGAAGGAGAAGGAGGGCGAGAAGGAGAAGGAGGGCGAGAAGGAGAAGGAAGGAGCUUCGGAUGAAGCCGACGCUGCAGAGAACUUCUUCCCUUUAGACGACAACCACAUGGAGCUGGACCAGGAACCAGAGGAACGCGUCCACAGACACCAGGCUCCGAGCGACGGGCAGAUGAUUCGAGAGAGACGACAGGUGGAGACGGACAAACGGAGGAGGGAGGAGGCGCCCCCUGCUGUAUGUUUAUACAUCUGA